AUGUUAUUCAUUCUCUUACUCUCGUUGCUUCAUGUUGUAUUUUUUCGUCUGGUUUCUGCACAAGCAUACGAUGACUUCUCAUGGGUGAAGAGCUUUGCUGCGAUUGGAGAUUCCUUCACAGCUGGAAUUGGCUCGGGGAGCCUAUAUAGCGAUGCUCAAUCGGACGUCGACUGUUCCAGAUACGACUAUUCGUAUCCAAUUCUCAUGCACAGAUUUCUUCCCAAUGUUCAGAACUUCCAAUACUUAGCAUGUUCUGGGGAUACGUCUGCGGAUAUCAUGGGCCAGAUUGACGCAAUGAACCCAGGACAAGAUUUGGUUGUUUUGACUGCUGGAGGAAAUGACUUGUGCUUGUCAAGCAUCAUUACAACAUGCAUUGUAAACAGAUUCUCCUCGGAAAGCGCUUGCCAAAAUAUAAUGUCCCAAGCGACCCAAAAUGCCAAUUCGUUUUUAGGAACCAAUAUCGAAGCUCUUAUUCAAGCAAUCGAUACGAAAAUGAAUAAAAAUGGAGUAAUUGUACUUAGCACUUACGCGCCUUAUUUCAACGCAGAAACCACAGCCUGCGGAACCACAGAGAACUGGGGAUGGCCAUUCGGCGGCCUGAAAUUGACCACAGACCACCGUUCCCAAUUCAACAACCUUGUCAGCCUCACAAACUUCUUCCUCUCAGAUGCAGCCAUAUUCGUAAAAGUCAGCAAUGCCAAAGUAAUGGUAUCAGAUUGGAGUCCGUGGCCGCAACUGAUGAACGGGCAAUUCUGCGAGCCCGGGGCUUCUCCAAACCCGAACCAUCCUUCCAAUGCUGGUGUUAUGUUCUUCAAAUGGGAUACUACACCGGCCAACCUGGAUCAGGUUCCCGUUGGACCUUUACGCAUCAGAGGAAAUGAUUCAUCCUCUGGGGAAGUAGAACUUGACGCAAUGAGGAUGGAACAGCUGGAUUAUAUGCACGCCAUUGAACUGGGAGCUUGGAUGGAAGAAUCAAUCUUAGAAAAACAGAGGGAGAAGGAAGCGAAAAGAGACCUCCACGCACUCGCUAAACGGGGGAUCACGGCUCCGAACUGCCCCACCAGCGGCACCCUAUCCAAUGUUGUCCAGUACUUUCUCACUGAUGAGACCGGGAAAAUCUUCCAUCCCAACAAACUUGGACACGAAGCUAUGGCCGGCUUUGCAAUUGACCAGGUUCGGAUUGCUCGUGCUGACAUUCUAGGAAUCUCGCCGCCUGGCUGCGCUGCAAGCGCCUUGACAUGCUUCCAGACUCUCAGUUCCAAAGCAUACGCAAGCGCCUACUCACUCUACUCCAACACAGCCGACUUCUGCAGUUCCGUCGCCUCAGGCCACCCCACCAACGUAGCCAACUGGCCCUACAGCAAGCCCUACAAUGUCGGUACACCAGACGAAAGCGUAUGGCUCCUGCAACUCAGCAACGGCGCCAGCAGCUUCGACGAAAAUCAAUGCAACAUGGCCAUGAACCAAAUUCUUGACGGCUGCGAUGGCUCCAGCUCAAAUCCGAUGAACUGGAAGUUUGGGGGAAGUAAUGUGCUCGGAAGUUAUACAUAUAGUAUCAGCCCUAAGCGGACGAAUAGACCGUUCCCGCCGCCGACAGCUCCAAAGCAGUCUUGCAAGAGUUGGUAUAAACUUGUUUUGGAUGCAUAUGAUAUCUACGGUGCUGGGUGGGCAUCUUGGGACUGGGGCCAACAGUCUCUCCGUCCCAACUCAACUUCAUGCUUCGGUCUUGGUAUCACCAAUUGGAAUUUCCAGUACUUCGAUGAGCCAGACGAGAAUGGGUAUGAAUGGCAUGCGUGGUUCAACUCACCAAUCUGGACGAGAUCGCGAUGUUUCAACAAUAAUAAAGUGCAGAACGCAGCUGGUGGCGGCGACCAAGGCGGAUGUGGUGGUAAUGGAUAA